CUCCGAAGUUGGCAAAGGGGGUUUUCUUAAUCAGACUGUUUUUUUGGUCCGAGGGAAAGGAGGAAGAAGGAGAUUGUGAUGGAGAAAAGGGGUCUGUAAAACGUCAGGCACUGCACAAAGGCUUUGCCACGUAAUUACAGGCUCCUAUUAAGUCGAGAUCUGCCCUCCCAGGGGUCUCCAAUUUUCUUGUAUUCCCUACAAAGCCUCUUUUGCAUGCCAGUUUGUGCCUUUUGAAGUGCCAGAGAGCUUCUUGAUCCAACUGAGAAGGAAAAAGGAGCUCAGCAAGAAGAGGGGGAGAGAGAAGAAGGGAAAGGGGGAAACCCACCACCACCCUCUUUCGAACUCUUGAAGCCCUAAUUUUUUUUUUUUUUUUUUUUUUACUCCUUACGAAAAGUAAAGUGAGAAUCCUUCUCUCCAAUACAUCUGCAAGACAUCACCCUCUCCUCCUGAAACCUUAGUCACUCCUGAGAAUCCACAGGAGUGCAGAAGGGGGGAACACGUUUUCUUGAAGAUGUUUUAAAGCUGGAACAAGCCUUCUUCUGUUGGUGCUUGAACUCUUGCCUGGGAAUAACUUUUUUAACCUUUUUAAGAAAAACCCACUUUGAUUCUUCUCUCCCACCCCUUCUCUCUUCUUCCGUUUGCCUAACUCCCCCGCCCUGCUGGCCUCCCCUCUCCUCUCUCCCCCUUAUUAUUAUUUUUAGUGUGUGCGUGUGGACGCCUUUGGAGAGCUGGAACGGAUUUUUUUCUCCUGACUUGAACACAGGGUGACUUCUUAAUUCUAUUUUUUUGGUGUGGAUUAUCUCUUUGGACCGCGCCGGACUUGGCCUCAGGAAAACAGCCGAGGCUGCUGGUGCAGAACGCUCUCCUCUUCGGAAGGGGGUCCCCCGCCCUCUUUUCCACUUUUUUUUUUUUUUUUUUUUGGUCUUCCCCUCCUUUUCUCUCUCUCUCUCCUUCUCUCUCUCUCCACUCCCCCUCUCUCUUCCCCACUCGGUUCCUCUCCCCCCUCGCGCCCACAGCGUUUAGUGUUGAUUCGAGCGGGAAGAGGGGGGUGGGUGGGAUCGGAGGGGGAGACCAUGACCUCCAGCUACGGGCACGUUCUGGAGCGGCAGCCGGCGCUGGGCGGCCGCUUGGACAGCCCCGGCAACCUCGACACCCUGCAGGCGAAAAAGAACUUCUCCGUCAGUCACCUGCUAGACCUGGAGGAGGCCGGAGACAUGGUGGCGGCGCAGGCGGACGACAGCGUGGGCGAGGCGGGCCGGAGCCUGCUGGAGUCGCCGGGACUCACCAGCGGCAGCGACACCCCGCAGCAGGACAUCUCUUCAAUUCCAGAUGACCAGCUGAACUCAGAAGAGAAGAAGAAGAGAAAGCAGAGGAGGAACAGGACCACGUUCAACAGCAGCCAGCUGCAGGCUCUGGAGCGCGUCUUCGAGCGGACACACUACCCGGAUGCUUUUGUGAGAGAAGACCUGGCCCGCAGGGUGAACCUCACUGAGGCAAGAGUGCAGGUGUGGUUUCAGAACCGAAGAGCUAAAUUCCGCAGGAAUGAGAGAGCCAUGCUGGCCAAUAAAAACGCUUCCCUCCUUAAAUCCUACUCAGGGGAGGUGACUGCCGUGGAGCAGCCCAUCGUCCCUCGUCCUGCUCCGAGACCCACCGAUUACCUCUCGUGGGGGACGGCCUCUCCGUACAGAUCCUCGUCCCUCCCAAGAUGUUGUUUACACGAGGGGCUUCAUAACGGAUUCUAACGGAAGACACUGAAAAGGGACAACCUCACCAAAACCGUGUGCAUUGAGUAAUGGUGACCUGUUGUAACCAGAAGGAGGAGGAAAUGAAAUGUAAGGAGACAAAAAUCAAAGCUUGGUCCUCCAGAGCAAGAAGAAGAGAGGAAGCUUUUGAUUGUAGAUUGUUUUCCAGAUCAAUUGAUUAUAACUACUUCUUACCAAUGUUGGCAAAUAUUUGUUGCAAAUACUUCAAUUAAAAAUAUACCAAAUCCUUUUCUCUUUCCUGUGGAAAAGAGAGCUAGAAUUUCAACAAAGUCUAUUUACUCUACUUUCUGGGCACACAGGUAGAUCUCAUUUCCCAGCAUCCUUGGCAUCUAGAUGUGGCCCCUCACUAAUUUCUAGCUAAUGGAAUGUCAGCAGAAGCGUUUGCCAAUGUCAAUUCUGGCUAAUGAAAAUAUCUUCCAUUUUCACUCUUCCUUGAUCUUUCUUCCUUCUGGCUGACUGACAUGACAACUUCCAAUCAACUUUGGGAACUACACUUUAAAGAUAGUAAAGUAGCCGUCAUUCUGGAACCCUGAAAAAUGACCAUGGGAAGCUAAGCUGCAACCCUCACUGAAGUGGAACCAUCAUAUGACAGUGAAAUAACGUUCUAUUCUGUUGAGGCAUGACAUAACAAGGUCUCUUUGUUACUGUGGAGUCCCUGGGUGUUGCAAACUAAUGAAAAGGAUGGCAGUUCAAGUUGACCCAGAAGUGCCUCAAAAGAAAUGUCUGGCGAGCUAAUUCUGAAGUUCAGCCAUUGAAUAUCCAAUGGAGUCCAGUUCUACUCUGACACACCUGAGGUCGCCAUGAAUCAGAGUUGACCCAACAGCAACUGGCAGGGGUGGAUUACCCAGCAGGCAAGGUAAACAUGGUGCUAACUUUGCUUGCCACAUCAUCUGUAUUGAACAAUUUCACAUGGAGAAACUUAUGUGAAAAUUUUCACUAUAGAUCAGUAAGUAAGCACAAGUGCUUACCUUGUUUACUGAGUCAUCCAACCCUGUCAGGGAUUGUAAAUUUGAAAAAAGGCUUUGAUUUUGUAGGAAGAUGCUGUGGGGUUGGAAGAGAGACAGAUGCCAGCCAUACCUAGAAGCAGAAUCUUUGAUGUGGUGAAAAAAUGUGAAAUUUUUCACUACAGAUGAUCUGGUAAGCAAGGUAAGCACCGUGCUUACUUCGCCUAUUGGAUAAUUUGCCCCUGGGCAACUGCUUAUUUGCUACUGCAGCUUAGCCUGACCUAACUUACAUAUCACCUCCCUCUUUUUUUUCUUCUUUCCUCCUUCCUUAUUCUCUUCCUCCCUCCCUGCCUCCCUGCCUCCCUUCCUUCCUUCUUUCCUGCCUUACUGCCUCCUUUCCUUCCUUCCUUCCUCCCUCCCUCCCUCCUUUCCUUCCUUCCUUCCCUUCAGUAUUUCAGGAUCCCUGUCAUAACUCUUAGACUCAUUGCUAUCAUUGAUCAGGAGAAAUUGUUCUUCCACAUCAGGAUAUUUGAAUAUAUAAUGUAUAAUUUUGUGACAUCAUGUGACCUUUUGUUUACAACCUAAAAAAAUUAAUUGAAUGUUAUAGUAAAUGAAUACACUAAAUAGCACUUUCAAUAAAUUAAUGAUGUGCCUGGGAAAUAUCUCAAAAUGUUAUUCUAGCUAUAAAAGGGCAGCAUUCCUAAAACGAAGAUAGCCAGCUCACCUACAAAUUGAAGGCAUCUGAAAACUAUUUCUUAGAGACAUAUUUAUUUGCUUAGUGUCACUCAGUUAAGCAGAGGUAAAAUAAGGCUAGCAAUCUUGGACAGCUAGAGAAACUCACACAUGUGCACAGGAAGACAUGAACAGAAAUGUUCAUUGCCUCAUGGUUUGUAAUAACAAAAUAUUGGAAACAAACGAACUGUCCAUCAACGGGAGAAUAAACAAACUGUGAUAUAUUUAUACAAUGGAAUACUAUUCAGAAAUAAAAAAUGAAUGAACCAUGGCUACAUAUAUCCACUUGGACACCUUUGAGAAACCUAACAUGGUGGGGAGGCAAGUUGCCAAAGGAUACUUGUUGCUAUUUACGUAAAGUUUAAAAGUAUAUGCUAUAUCCAUGUAUUGUUUGUAAACAUAUGCACAGAGCAAAAAUAUUUAAAAAUGCCUGGGAAUUAAAAUCAAUUUCAGCAUAAAAGUAUCAGAAGAAAACAUUUCUGAAGAGAGGAAGGGGAUUGGCUGGGAGGGGUAUGCUUGGUGCUUCAAAUGUGUUUGAAAUAAUUUCUUUUUUUUUUUUUCUGGAUGGAAUGGGAAGGGAAUGCAAUUUACUUUUUAAAAAAGGUAUAUGCACAUAAAAUUUAAGUUUACAGCUAGUAAUAAUAGUGUAUAUAAGCUUGGUUUUUUUUUAAUUUUUUUAAUUGUUUUUAGGUGUAAGUUUACAGCUGA